AUGGUCAAUGUGGAUUUACGGGCGCUCACUAAGCCUGUGGGAAUUAUGCGAAUAAUGGCAGCAAUCCUCGCCUGUAUGUCUUUAAGCCUGGCGGCAAGUGGUGGAUAUGAUACAUCUCCCUACUGGGCGUGGUGCAUGUUCACCUGGUGCUUCUGCUUCUUCUUCACCCUUCUAAUUCUCAUCCUGGAGUUCACCACUUUCAGCACAAAAUUACCUUUCGCCUGGGAAGACUUCACCGCUGCCUUUGCUAUGCUGGCAAGCCUCAUGUGCCUGGCCGUCUGCAUCAUCUACCCCACUUUUUUCCUUUGCAACAACUGCCACCGUCAAAUUGGUGCCUCUGCAGUGUCAGCGGUGUGUUUCGGGGUGUAUGUAGGUGAAGUGUCCCUAAACUACUAUUAUCCGAGUGGACAGAACAGCGGGUUCCUCUCCACGGUGCCUGGCAUAAUGAAGAUGCUGGAGACCUUCCUCGCCUGUCUUAUCUUCACAUCUCUGGAGGAAAGUCAAUACUUUGCCUCCCCAGAACUGCAGUGGUGUGUGGCCGUGUACUCCCUGUGCUUCAUCUUUGCCAUACUCAUAAUCGUGCUCUCCGUUGGACAGUGGACCUCAUUUCUUCCAUUUGCUUUUGAAAAGCUAGCAAUCAUUUACAACCUUUUGGCAGCGCUGAUGUAUUUGUCAGCUAUGGUGAUGUGGCCACUGUAUAGUUUCCACGGUAAUAAGAGACCCAAUAGCUGUGCGAUUAUACGCCCGUGUCCCUGGGAUAAACAAAUGGUGGUUACUUUCAUGACAAUCUUCAACUUUAUUGUUUACACCCUGGACAGUGCCUAUUCUAUACGCCUAGUGUUCUGUGUUGGUAACCAGUGA